GUAUAUGUGGUUAUAUUUACCCCAAUGUGCAGUAGACUCACAUCAAGACACAACCGCGAUGGGGCAAGUACCCGCCCUGCUGGCUCUGCUGUUGACGGCCACACCCUAUGUUCACGCCCAGACUGCCUGCAGCGUCCGGCAAGACGCGGCGUGUGUGGCGGAGAUGAGAUCCCUCUACACCAACACCUCGGCCUACUGGUUUGGGACGAGGUUCGCGACGGACUGCCCACCGGGCAGAGGGGGAGUCUUGUGCAGAAAUACUAGACCAUCAGGAACCUCCCUCAUCACUCGACUGCUGGGGGACAGCGCCAGCGACCCCAGCGGUCUAACCUUCGUCAUCAACGUCACUUACCCAAUUACUCUUCCGGCUGAUGGCACUGACCGAACAUACACCGGAUGUGGGAGGAUAGUGGACGUACCCUUGGCAGGACCACAAUAUUUAUCCAUCGACCCCCUCAGCGGCACCGAGUAUCCCCCAUUCGACGUGCGCGAACUACCGGAAGUGACGUGGCCUGCGGAGGAUAACGCCCUCUACACUGUUAUAAUGUAUGACGCUGGGUUUUGCUUCACGCAUGGGUUGUACGUCAACGUCGCCGGCGGCAGGCUGCAGGGUGGAGACACUAUAGUUCCCCACUUUGGGCCUGGCAAUCCCGUGGACCGGGCCAACCCGUACGUCUGGCUCGUGUUCAAGCAACAGAGGUCACUGGACGUCGCGACUGUCAACAACCUUUACACGACACUGAGCUCCCGCAACCAAUCCAGUGUCUUCGUGGAUGACUUCAUUUCGCCACUGGGGCUCUCAAUGCAGUCGUAUGGCAUCAACGUGGUCAUGGCCGCAACGGACGAGUACGCCAGUUUCCGCCUCCGCUCACGUGGACUUCGCAACGGAUGUCCAUUCUUCUAUGGGAAGUGGUUAAGCAGCUACAUUCAGGAAAGAGGUGGGCUCCCGUCACUUCCGGUGCGUCUUGGUCUCACCGUAUCCAUUGACGUCACCUUCACGGCCCCCGCUAUAACGUAUACAUCGUGCGACAUUGUGUAUCAGAGAAGCCCUGUGAACGUCACUGUUGAUUAUCGAAGCAGGGAUCUAUUAGGCGCCGUGGAGACUCGGAUGUCCCCCGAAGUCAGUCUGGUUCCCGAGGAAAUCAGUGUCGUCACACUGAGAGACAAGCAGUACACGCUGUUGAUGUACGACCCCACCCCGGAGCUGGGGAAAACUGAACAGGACGCCUACGUCCACUGGAUGGUGGUCAACAUCCGGGGUACUGACAUCACUUCCGGUGACGUGGUGUAUGAAUGGCUACUGCCCAUGGCACCAGUGUUGAAUCAGCUCUACCUGUUUGCCUUGUUCGAGCAGACGACAUCUAUCAGCACCACAACAGCUGGAUCCUUCGGAUCAACAGAUUGCCGUCCAGCUACGAGAUGCAAGUUCAGGGCUGGCGACUUCAUCCGCUACAACAACCUCUCCCUCGUCGGUUUGAGAUACUUCAGGACGAUCCCCGACACCUACCGCCAGUACAUGGCGUACGCCGUCAAAAAAAUUCAAACUAAGCAACAAGCCUGUUGGGGUCAGGCCAGCGAACGUCCGCAAUGUCCAUUCAGUUCCGGAAUGAAGCAGACAAACCCAAUCGGCAUCAUUAUAUCAGUUCUGACAAUAUUGGCAACCUACUUGACCUCCUGGAUAAACUAGCCGGUGAAUUUGACAACAACCAACCAUGUCAUCUAAUAAUAGUGUAUGGUACCGAAUACUUGAAUAUGUUAAUCAAUGGGAUUGUGUUGUAUUCUUUGAUUUUCGGUGUAAAACACUACUUCCACAACCAUACUUUUAGUGACCACUUCAGCUAAAUGUACAUUAUCUAUCUUAUUAUCAUUUGAUUAUCCUACUCGACUUCUUGGGUCGUAAAUUGUCAUGUUGCUCUCGAUAAUGCGGUAUGGACAUGCCCGUGCAAAUUGAUCUUAAAGUCGACGUCUUCAUGAAAGAGGCAUCAUUUAAUUUCAGAAUAAAUUUAUUUUUACUGAC